ACGAAUAAUGAAAGCAGAAUAAGAGCUGGAUGUAAAAAACAAACAAACCACACACUCAGACACAAAGACUGGUCAGGUGGGAACAAAAUUCCAGGAUUGCAGCGAAGCUUCAUAUUUAAGAGGCUUCACUUCCACGUCAGGUCACAGCGGCAUCUGAUGCUUGAGAGUCCACCAAACAAAGGCUCCCUGAUGAGAUGGAUCCACAUGUGGGGAAAUGGAAAUUAUCUGCUGUGGCUGUGCUGCUGCUCUCUCUGCUCCACAUCACUGCAGCUGUCAGCCUGAAGGAACAUCUGGCCGACUGUCUGGAGGACAAAGACUACAAGGAGCUGCAGACGGUGAAAACCGGCCUUCCACACAUCCACAAACAUCAUCAUGUUGUCGUUGUUGGAGCCGGCAUGGCUGGACUGACGGCCGCCAAGCUGCUGCAAGACGCCGGACAUAAAGUGACCAUACUGGAGGCAAGUGGUCGUGUUGGAGGACGAGUGGAAACCUACAGGAAUAAAAAGGAAGGCUGGUACGCCGAAAUGGGAGCAAUGAGGAUCCCGAGUUUUCACCACAUCGUUCGUUGGUUUGCCAAAGAUCUGGGGGUGAAGCUGAAUAAAUUCAACAUGGAUGACAACAACACCUUCUACCUUGUUCAUGGGCUGCGGAAGAGGACGUACUCGGUGAAAGCGAACCCAAACAUCCUCCAGUACAAACUGCCGGAAAGUGAGAGGGGGAAGUCGGCCGACGAUCUGCUGCAGGAAGCUUUGCAGAAGGUGAAAGAUUACGUUGAAGCUCACGGCUGCAGAGCUGCACUGAAGAAAUAUGACCACUACACUCUCAAGGAAUACCUGAAAACAGAAGGUGGGCUGAGUGCAGAAGCAGUAAGGAUGAUCGGAGACUUGCUCAAUGAACAGAGCCUCAUGCAUUUAGCUCUGACUGAGGUGAUCUACAUCCAGAGUGACGUCAGUGACACAACCACGUAUGAUGAAAUUACUGGGGGAUCCGAUCUCCUCCCAAAUGCUUUUCUCACUGUGCUCGAUGUGCCAAUCCUCCUCAACUCCAAGGUCAAAUGCAUCAACCAUUCCCACAAGGGUGUAACUGUGUGGUAUCAGGAAGGUAACCAGUCCGAUUUGAUGGACAUUUCUGCCGAUGCUGUCCUAGUAACAACCACAGCCAAAGCAGCCCUCUUCAUAGAGUUUGAACCACUUCUGUCCAUCAAAAAGAUGGAGGCUCUGAGGGCGGUCCACUAUGAAAGCUCCACGAAAGUCAUCCUCACCUUCAAGGAGAAGUUCUGGAAGGAAGACGGAAUCCAAGGAGGGAAGAGCAUCACCGAUGGGCCAUCUCGCUACAUCUACUACCCCAGCCACAGUUUCCCAGACAAUGACACCGUCGGCGUCCUCCUGGCUUCCUACACCUGGUCCGAUGAUGCCCUCCUCUUCAGCGGUGCGAGUGAUGAAGACCUCAAAGAGCUGGUUCUGAGAGAUCUGGUGCAGAUCCACGGUGAGAAGGUCAGAGGUCUGUGCACCGGGGUGUUGGUGAAGAGGUGGAGCACGGAUCCGUACAGCCUGGGCGCCUUCGCUCUCUUCACGCCCUACCAACACUUAGAAUACGCCAAAGAGCUCUUUAGACGUGAAGGCAGAGUUCACUUUGCUGGAGAACACACAGCCUUCCCUCAUGCUUGGAUCGAGACGUCCAUGAAAUCUGCAAUCAGGGCUGCGACCAACAUCAACAAUGCUGCACACAAAGAGUCGGCUACAGCUGACCACCGAGACGAGCUCUAAGGUCCUGAGUCUGCAUUCUGUGGAAACCUGAGUUAUGUUCAGAAAUGUUGAAUUCAGCUUUGCACCUUUGCUCAGUUGUGGGGCUGUUACUAUUUUAAUUAUCCAAGCCCAGUCUUAAUGUCAGUGCCGAUCACAGGCAUUUUGCAGCAAUAUGGAUCACCAUAAACCUCAUCCUGAAUCUGUUUUCAUUCAAAAACAAGCAAUGAUGAUGAAAUGGCUGUAAAAUGUUUGACUUCCAAGUUUGCUGGCCUUGUUUAUUUCAGCUUAGUUCAUUGUAGUCUUUGUCACGGUGCUCCUUAACUUCCUAAAGUCCCAACACAGAAAUGCCUGCUGCCCCUGGUCUCUAAAGUAUUUAACAGUAAGAGGCUCUGCUUGGUGGCUCAAACCAGCUACUACAGCUGAUCUGUAACACUUGAAGUGUGCUUUAUCUCAGAAAAUGGUAUCAUCAUUGUAGUUGUAAAUGUCUCAGAAAUAACUUGUGCCAACUUCAACCAGCAGUCUAAAACUGAGCAUAGUUUGUUUGCUAUAAUAAGUGACAUAGAAAGCAGUAAAACUUCACAUUUCUGAUGCUUGA